GUGCUGCAUUGAUCUCUUGAUGGUGUACCUAUCUCUAUGGUUACACCCCUCUGUCUACUUGUAGUAACGCCUGGUAGGAGUGUACUGGACACCGUCAUCACAAAAAACGAAAGAGAAGAGGGAGCCAACUGGCAGCGACUGAGGCAAACUCUCGGAGGUUACAGGUAACCAUGGCAAUGACAGGUCAGACUUCCUGCUCUUCAAUGAGUAACCACACAAAAGAGCGCGUGACCAUGGCCAAAGUGACCCUGGAGAACUUCUACAGUAACCUGAUCGCCCAGCACGAGGAGCGUGAGAUGAGGCAACAGAAACUGGAAAAGGUGAUGGAUGAAGAGGGCCUCGCUGAUGAAGAGAAGAGGCUACGGCGGUCCCAGCACGCCCGGAAGGAGACGGAGUUCCUGCGGCUGAAGAGGACCCGGCUGGGCCUGGACGACUUUGAGUCCCUCAAGGUCAUCGGGCGUGGCGCCUUCGGAGAGGUGCGAUUGGUGCAGAAAAAGGACACGGGGCACGUGUACGCCAUGAAGAUCCUCCGGAAGGCCGACAUGCUGGAGAAGGAACAGGUGGGCCACAUCCGCGCAGAGAGGGACAUCCUGGUGGAGGCCGACAGCCUGUGGGUGGUGAAGAUGUUCUACAGCUUCCAGGACAAGAUGAACCUCUACCUCCUCAUGGAGUUCCUGCCUGGAGGUGACAUGAUGACACUGCUGAUGAAGAAGGACACGCUGAGCGAGGAGGAGACGCAGUUUUACAUCGCGGAGACCGUGCUGGCCAUCGACUCCAUUCACCAGCUGGGCUUCAUCCACAGAGACAUCAAGCCUGACAACCUGCUGCUGGACUCCAGGGGCCACGUCAAGCUGUCCGAUUUCGGCCUGUGCACCGGACUGAAGAAAGCCCACAGGACCGAGUUCUACAGGAACCUGAACCACAGCCUCUCCACAGACUUCAGUAAGCAGGCACACUCCCUCCAGAACAUGAACUCCAAGAGGAAGGCCGAAACCUGGAAGAGGAACAGGAGGCAGCUGGCCUUUUCCACGGUGGGAACCCCCGACUACAUCGCUCCUGAGGUCUUCAUGCAGAACGGAUACAACAAGCUCUGUGAUUGGUGGAGCCUGGGUGUCAUCAUGUACGAGAUGCUAAUCGGGUACCCUCCAUUCUGCUCGGAAACACCCCAGGAGACCUACAAGAAGGUGAUGAACUGGAGGGAGACUCUGGUCUUCCCCCCUGAAGUGCCCAUUUCUGAGAAGGCCAAGGACCUCAUCCUCAGGUUCUGCUGUGAAUGGGAGCAUCGAAUCGGGGCCUCUGGAGUGGAGGAGAUCAAGCGCAACCCCUUCUUUGAGGGCGUGGACUACGACCAUAUCAGGGAAAGGCCUGCCGCUAUCCCCAUCGAGAUCAAAAGCAUCGACGACACGUCCAACUUUGACGAAUUCCCAGAGUCAGACAUACUCCAGCCAACAGCGUCUGCAGUGGUGACCAAUCACACAGAAGCAGAGUACAAGAACAAGGACUGGGUCUUCGUCAACUACACCUACAAACGCUUCGAGGGGCUGACGGUGAGGGGUGUCAUCCCCUCCUACAUGAAGACAGGGAAACGAUAGACCUGCAGCCACACAGCCCCGCUGUGUCUCCACCCCCCCCCCCCCCCCCGAACCUGUCCCAGCCUGUUCUUGCCCCUCCCUUGCUGCUGUUCCACCUGUGUGGCUCACGGAGCUGCGCCCUGUUCCCCUCAGCUUCAGACGCGCUCAAGUUCGGAUACACUGCCCUGAUUUUUAUUGUUUUUUUUUUUCUCUUGGUCUCAGUCAGAAGCCUUCAUUUAAGUUCAUUAGACCAGGGAGUCAUUUGGGGGUUCUCCCCGUACACCACCUAUCACCUACGUCAUGAAUCGCAAGUCCAGUCUCCACCUUGGUACCGGGAUGUUUGAAAAUGACCGUUUUUUUUUUUUUUUUUUCUUAUGAACCUAUGGCGAUCGAUUGGCUAACAGGUUAACGACAUCACGGCUGCUUGGGCUGCUUGGAGCUUUAGCAGUUUUAUUUGCUUUAGCCUCUCGAGGCGUUGCUCCCCCUUCCGGCUGCAGCUCCGGUUUUUACACCAGCACUGAACUGGCCCUCCUUGGGGGCUUCCUCCAUGUCUUCCAGCAGUCCUGCUCUCCAUGUCUAAACCAGUGAGGGGACCCUAUGCACAGCCUGGCUUUGGACACCGUGGCAUGAUACUGCUUUUAGAAUCAAGGGCUACUUAUCUUCGCAUUUCCUUUACCCUCCAGAAUAUGCUUCCCCCCGUUAAGAUAAUAAGUUCAAAGGUGCUUGUCAGAAUGGCUUAACAGAAUCAGGAUUUCUUCAGACACUUUGCUUCAUUCCAUGACAAAAAAAAGGAAAGAUGCUGUGGAAAUACAGCAUCUAAGUUCUUCAGGGAAUAUAUUGAUUUAAGUAGUUGAAGUGACAGUUCCCUGCUCAUCCACAUUCUUUUGGCUGAUGUUUCUGCGUAGAUACAUGCUGUAACUCGGUGAUGUUGUGUAAUUGAUGUGUCUAACCAAAGACGUGAGAGAGAUUACUGUAGAGAUUCAGGUUUUUAACGCAGCUGCUGCUUGGAGCGCCACCAUGGGAUUGAACAAUUUUCCCAGUCCAUCGACCGUCAGCAACCGGCAGCAAAAAAAGUCACUCCUGAAUUUUCCCGUCAUUCCUAUGAUGUCAUACGGAGCGUCGCCAAGCGACGCUCAGAAAUCGGACGGCCGUCGGCGUGAGGAACAGGACCACGAGAACCUUCCACCACAUUCCGGUUCCACAUUCCAAGUGCUCGUCGCAGAAGAACGGUGUCUCCGUGGCGUCGGCAGCUGGCCGGGCUUUUUAAAUCCUCCGGCUAGAUCUGCGCUUUCGGGCGUUGAUACAGAUUUUUAGCAAAGGCGCCCUUUGCCUGAAGCACUUCCUGACCAGCGAGUGUGCAGGUGAUUCGUGGAGAGGCUGUCUUUCUGCUUCUGUUAGAUGAGCGAGCCCAUCAUUCCCACAGUUCACUCUGCAGUUCGUUUUGAACACGCUUUAUUUGACGUGUGCAGCUGUGAUGUGCGUAAACGGUGGUGUCUUAGAGGGGAUUUAAAUAUUUUUUUAAGUAAGGCUUCCUCUGAUGUUAAUAUUGUUUGCCCCCGUACCUGUCUUUUCACAACACUCGAGCACUUUUCAUCUUGUUUGUAUGAAUGAUUUGAUUGGUUUUGCAUGCCUAGGUAUUUUCAUCAUGAAAUCAUGAGCUCUUGUUUAAUGCACAGCUUUGCAUAAAAAGCUGCAAUUACGUGCUUGAGGAAAAGUUCUUUUGAAAAGAACAGCUCUGCCAAAAAGGGAAACAUCACAUUUAAUAUCACAGUUUAAGCAGAAUUAUGUUGUCGAGUCUCAACAGACAUGGGGAUGAGUGUACACUUUGCACUGCAGAAAAUGAGCAGUAUUCUCUCUGUAGUAGAGUACAAGUAAUAACCAACAUAAACUUACUAUAUUAACCAGAAUAUAAAACAUAAGAUCACAUAAGAUCUUCAGGAUGCAAACUAAAGUUCCUGAAAUGGCAGCUUUUUUUUUGAUAGAAAGUGUAGAAAGACCUUUAAGAUCACGACAGUGCUUUAUAUGGAGUGAAACGCGUUUCGUUGUUUUCCUUUUCUUUUUUUCUUUUUUUAACAGAAUGGUCGUGUUAUUUUUAAAGGUACAAAUGCCAAAAAAAAGAGAACUGGAAGGUGUACAGUUUAUAUAUUGUACCCUGAGGAGUGAUUAGUCUUUGCAGUUCCUGGCUCAGCCGUUCCUCCAGUGAGAUUAACUCAGAAUUCAUUGGGAGUUUAUAUAUAGAGUUCUGAGAUCUGAUCUGAAGCAAUACCAGCGUGUACACCCUGCAAUGGAAAGCUUGUUACUUAAAAACUAGUGCUAUAACAAAGAAAUUGAGACAAUCUGUACCAAAAUUUGUAUAUGCAACAGAGGACAGUUCUUGAAAGGCUAGAUCAGCCUGGCCGUACCCUGUAGGGCAAAUAGGAUUCUGUUACGCUGGAGCACUUAACCGUCCAGUUCAUUUGAUCUACAUCUUGAGCUGAGCCCUCUGGCCUAAGCUGUGUUAGUAUUGAAAAAUAUGCUUCUGAAGAUGUCACUGCUCAAAGAAGCAGGAUUGUGAAGCCCUGACGUCGGUCAUAUUGUGGCGAGCAAUCCAGUCCAUCACUUAACCGAAUGUAACAUCAGGUUACAUUGUGCUUAAUGUAAUAAUAAUAUCCUUUCGUAUUACUUGCUCACGUAGGGCUAAUUACACUUCCUGUUUGUUUUUUAUAUGCACAAUAUUUCACUUUUUAAGCAUUGCCAAGAAUCUGAUAUCUGGGCGGUGUAUUUUACUUUUUUUAAAACUUGCAAACAAAAUCCUUUUUUUUUUUUAGCAAGGCUUGCAGACACUUCUUUGAUUGUAUAUACAAAUAGCGGAGCCUUCCUUCAACAUGCUGUAGUGAUGUGAUUGCGUAGCGUGAGUGAUGAGUUUUGAAAUGCUAAAUCAAUGCAGUCUUUACCUUAAAGAUUUGUUGUGCCAUAGAGGGACAAAGCUGUCUUUGUAAAUAAUCUGUCCUUUUUUUAAAAAAUUUGCAUGAUGAACUGUUACACAAAAUAUUUUAUUUUAAAAUUUUGUUCGCUUUGAAUGUUCAGGAAUAUUUUUUUACGGGAGGAAAAAGAAAAGUAAUUUGUGUUGAUGUGACAUUGUCUUGUUUUGUCACUGCCUGCUUGCUGUUCUGAAUGAGAGACCGCUCUGGCAGAGGAGACAAUCAUGCAGUCAAGUGUUGGAAGUAUCUGUGGUAUCUGUGGAAGAUAUUUUCACAAUCAGGACGAGGCAAAUUUUGAAAUAGUUGAAAAUUAAUUUUGAAAAUGAAUGUCUCAAAAUGUCUCACUGUGUCAGUAAAUGCAGUGCACGUUAUAGGCUCUAUAGUUCUGGGUCCAGUGCCCCCCACCCCCCCCCCCCCACCCCGCAAUUCUUUUCUCAUUAAAAAUUUGAGACAGGCAAGCGCAAGAAUACUGAUAUGCUCACACACAAACCCGCAAUGGUAGUCGUGCUACUCUGUUCGGUGACGUGGUGUAUGUGGUGUGGCGAGUAGGGUUUUAAAUAGCACAUCUCGGUUUUAUGAGGCACAUUCUGUCCCCUGUUCAGGAAUGGGGCAGUCACCGGAGACCUGAGUGAGGGCAGAAAUAUUCCACUGUUGGUGUAGUCACACCGUUUGGAGACAAGAAUGUCGGCCCAGUGGCGGGCUAUGUGUGGAGAGCGGAAGUCAUGGCAACCACGGUUCUGCCCCUGAAACGGUGCGAGACUGCAUUCCAUUUCCUGUUUGGGGUCGGACGUCACGUGACCACCGUCCAGGGAAACGCAGUUUGGUGUGUUGUCGAACUUGGCUCACGCUCUCUGCUUUCCUGAUUGGCUCACAUGUGCCUAGUCUGAUGUAAUCAUAGUGUGAGAGCAACUCCCACUCUCAUCUGGCCAGUUUUGACCAGUCAUGCAGUCGUGGGCUUUUCUUAACCAGUUCCCUAAACCAUACUGACAUUUUAAAGAGAGCUGUAAAAUGUGCCAGACUGUCUGCUCAGGAUUCUGUUUUCAGCUCCAUUUAGGCCAUGACAUAUUGGGAACGAAUGUCACCAAACAAUGACCAAGUUAACAUUAAAUGUGUCCCAACUCUAUUCCUUUUGAACCAUUUCCACUUGCCUCCAUUGGUCCAAUUAUUUAAUUCUAUACACUUGUACCGAUUGCUUCCGUUGAUCAGAUUAUUUAAAUCUAUGCAGUUACUUGUGUUUAUUGCUUCCAUUGGACCACUUAUUUCAUUUGAUACACAGGUAUCAAUGCCUCAUAAACACUACAGUAACCCAUUUCUUGAGUUUACUGCUUAAGUAUACCUUAGGCUGUGUGUCAUGUUAAACAAGCUUAACAGUAUUGGUAGGCUUGGGAGUUUCAAUGGUUCAAGUAAAAAAAAACCAUCAUGUGCAUGGACAUCUGAGAACUGGGGCAUGUAUCUUACAGUACCAGGGAGAACUUUCCCCAACCCUUACGCAUUAAAUAUACUGUUGUGAUUGCCUUUCUGCCUUUGGUUGAUGCCGUUUGAAUGUGCCCUUGUGUAUUUAAUUUAUAUUUCUUAUGGUUAACCAACAUAUACAGUUUCUGUACCUGUCCAUCAUGACGAGAAAGAAGAUUGUUUCUUUGACGUGAGCAUUCAAAUGUGGGUGGGCUUUCAAAAGCAUUCAAUAAAACACCACUGUUUAGAAUG